GAGGGCUCUAGGACCUGAGUGAAACCCGCCACAGAGAGAGAGAGAGAGAGUUCACUGCGCACGGCUUCAUCAUCAUCAUCAUCACCGACAGCGCAUUACACACGGAGCUCAGAGCCGCUCAUGAUGCGCAGGAUUCGGGCCAACGCCAUCCUCAUCCUCACCGUGGCCUGGAUCCUCGGCACCUUCUAUUACCUGUGGCAGGACAGCAAACCUUCCUCCUCCUCCUCCUCCUCCUCCUCGGGCUCCCAGCUGAAGAACCACGGGAGGCUGGAGGAGCGCACUCUUCCUCUGAUCGUAACUCAUGCACCAAAGCUGGAGCAGCAGGGUCAGCUCUUUGGCCAGUUUGACGAAAAGGCUUUUCUAUCCAGUAAGCAGCUGAAAGCAGGUGAGGAUCCGUACAGAGAGCAUGCGUUCAACCUGCAGGAGAGCGACCGGCUCGGGAGCGAUCGCACCAUCAGAGACACACGCCACUAUCGAUGUGCCUCCAUGACCUUUGACCCUGACCUGCCACCCACCAGCAUCAUCAUCACUUUUCACAAUGAGGCGCGCUCCACCCUGCUGCGCACUAUUAAAAGUGUACUGAUGAGAAGUCCUCCUCACUUGAUACAGGAAAUUAUUCUUGUGGACGACUUCAGCUCUGACCUGAGCCAAGACUGAGCCCGGCCCUGCUGUUGCCACGGUGAGGAAACAAACGGCACAAUCAGACGUGUAGCUCUGCUGUGAUUAAUGUAGUGGAGCGCUAAAGAGAGACGUGAUUUUUCCUUUACAGAGAUCAUGUGUUGGUCUCAGGCGGAGCUUUAUGCUCUCCUUAUUUUGGCAUGGAGCACACAUGCACCUCACAAAACACAC